AUGAUUCGCAAGACUUCGGCUGAUAUACUGAGACGGGACUAUCUGACUACGUUCCCCUGGGACGAAGCAAACGUGGAGGUACAUGACCCCGAUGGGGCACAUUGGCUAGCCGAAGGAAUUGAUGGCAAUAUACGGUAUCUGGCUAGUGAUGCUCGUUCCUUCACGUCUGGUUCAACUAUUCUUGUGGGCAGAGGUUGCUGUGUACGAUAG